AUGACUCACAAGAAAUCAACAAAAAGAUCUCUAACAUCCGAAAUGGAUCGUAAUGUUCGACAAAUGAUGAAACUUAUUGAAGAUAAUGGAGAUUCAUUUGCACAGAAAGCUGAAAUGUAUUACCAAAAGAGACCAGAAUUGAUUUCUCUUGUGGAAGAGUUUUACCGCGGCUAUCGAUCAUUAGUCGAACGAUACGAGCCUGCAGCAGGUGAUUUGUGGAAAAGCAUACCUUCUGAUAUUCAAUCUCAAGCCUCAGGUGGUGUUUCUGAUAAUGGUUCAGAACCACCUUCUUCUUGGCCUCCUCCUUCUCCUAGAAAAAUGGUACGUAGAAUAUCGAGUACUCGCGCUGCAGGGUUCGAUUUCUUUCUAGGUUCUGCUGGUGGAAAUAAUAAUGGUUAUGAGUCAUCAUGUCCAAAAGAUGGUGAUGCAUGUUCUAAUUUGUCGGAUAGCGAGUAUGAAUACGACGAUGCUUCGUCUAUCAAUAGUUAUUCCGGUUUCUUUGGGAAUGCAAGUGAUAAUGGCAUGACUAAAAGGGUUAUUGAAUUGGAAAUCGAGUUGCGUGAGGUGAAAGACAAGAUUUUAGUGUAUGAACAACAAGAACAAGAGCGUAGUGAAGAUGGUAUCAAAAUCAAUGCAUAUGAACAAGAAUUGAAGCUCUCACAAGAGAAAAAUCACAAACUUGAGAUUGAGGUUGAAAAAUACAAGUCAAUGGAAUCCUCAUCGGCUCAUUUGGACGAUAAUACUUGUUCAAGACUAGGUCAAGGUCGAUCCGAGCUAGACCUCUGCGCCAUUGGUACUAAGGAAUUAUCAACAUCAACCGAAGAGGAUCUUAAUACGAAAAGGGAUCUCAAAUUCUUCGAAGAUGAGCUUAGAUUGGCGAAAGAAAAAGUUGAGAAUUUUGAGGUGCAAAUAGGUUCAUUGAAAAUUGAGACAAGAAAAUCAAAUGAAAGUAGUGAACAAUUGCAGGAUCAACUUAACUUGGCUCACAAGGAAACUGCUACAUGGAAAACUAAGUUCAUUUCUGAGAAGAGUGAUAACAUAAAACUCCAAGAAAGAGUUUCAAGGUUGAAAACAAGUCUAUCAGAAAGAGAACAUGAGAUCAAGGAUUUAAAAGCUCUUUUGUCCGAGACGGAACAGAAAACCUUCUUUGAAAGAUCACAGUUAAAGGCCGAAGUACGUAAAUUGUUGGAACAACAUAAUCACAUGGAGAGAGAGAUUCAAGAAAGAAAGGUUAAUGUUGAAGAUCUUAAUGUGAGACUUGGAUGUUUAAUAUUAGAGAGAGAUAAUCUCAAUGAAGAAGUUGGUUUACUAAAAGAAAAGAUGAAUUCAAGAGGUAAGGAGAUUGUAAAGGCAAAUAGACAUGUGGUGGAACUAGAAUCAAGAGCAAGGGAACUAGAAGAUGAGAUUGAGAGGCAAAAGAUUGAGAUAUUAGAAGGAGCCGAAGAGAAACGCGAGGCAAUAAGACAGUUAUGCUUUUCACUUGAGCACUAUAGAAAUGGUUAUAAUGUUUUUAGGAAGGCAUUCAUAGGUCACAAGAGGUUUCCCCUUUUGGCAUCCUAA